AUGGCUCCGGACCUAAACAACGCCGCCUCUCCCACCGACCGCGAGAAGCAGAAGAAUCUCGACCAAGAGGUUCGAGAGAUGAUCUCCACCCUCACCGGCCGCUUGGGCAGCAUCCAACGCUCCCACAAAUCGGGGAGCUCGAGCUCCCACGCCCAAGCCGACGACGACGACCAAGGCAUGCGGAUGAUCACCCUGGCCGGGACCAACCUAGGCGCCACCAUGCGCGGCGAUCUAGACGACAAGGCCGCGGCCCCUCAGCCGGAGCAGGAGGAGACCGCCUCCUACGUCGUCAACAGCAACUUCCAAGCGAUCAACAACUCCAUCAUGCUCGGGGGCAGCUACAAGACCAACGACCCCGGCGUUCAUUUGGACAUCACUGACUACGUCGACCACAACGACGGCGACAAGAAGGGGAAGAAGAGCAGGAGAGGGGGCCACCACCACCAUGGCAAACGCUCCGACAACCUUAGCGACACGGAGAGUGAGAAGAAUUGA